CAUUGCGGAAGUGGGAAGAGCUGCUACAGACAAUAUUUUGACAAGGAAGGACGAGGAAUUGAACAAAAAAAUAAUUUAUCCAGCAUUAACAGGUUUUAAUCACAAGUAAUCAACAUCAGCAUGUGGAAGGCAUCAGCUGGACACAAUGUGAAGCCAGGCAUUCCCCAGACUAAUGAUGAUGAUGAUGACUGGGAGACAGAGGCAGAUUUUGUGAAUGAUGUGAGUGAACAGGAACAAAGAUGGGGAGCAAAGACCAUAGAGGGGUCAGGUCACCAGGGGUCCCUCAGCCUCGCCCAACUCAGACAAGAUGUAUCACAGGACGACAAAACCGUCAAACAGAAGCAGAUGGAGGAGGGGCCUAAAGCUUCAUAUGGUUACGGAGGGAAGUUUGGAGUGCAGAAAGACAGAAUGGACAAGUCAGCUAUGGGAGCAGAUUAUGUGGCUGAAGUAGGAAAACACAGCAGUCAGACAGAUGCUUCCAGGGGAUUUGGGGGAAAGUUUGGUGUGCAGAAAGACAGGCAAGAUAAGGCUGCAGUUGGGUUUGACUAUGCUGGUAAAACUGAGAAACAUCAAUCUCAAACAGAUUAUUCUACGGGUUUUGGAGGGAAGUACGGAGUUCAGUCUGAUCGUAAGGAUAAGUCUGCCGUUGGAUGGGAACAUCAAGAAAAAGUCGCAAAACAUGAGUCACAACAAGAUUACUCCAAGGGGUUUGGAGGUAAAUACGGGGUACAGAAGGACCGACAGGACAAGGCUGCCGUGGGGUGGGAACACCAUGAACAAGUCGACAAGCACGAGUCACAAAAAGAUUAUUCCAAAGGUUUUGGAGGGAAAUAUGGGGUGCAGAAAGACAGACAGGAUAAAUCAGCGGUUGGCUGGGAGCACCAUGAACAAGUAGAUAAACACGAGUCCCAAAAAGAUUACUCUAAGGGUUUUGGAGGAAAGUUUGGGAUACAGAGAGAUAGAGUGGAUAAAUCAGCUGUUGGCUUUGAUCACAUAGAAAAAGUUCUCAAACAUGAGUCUCAGACAGACUACUCCCGUGGUUUUGGUGGUAAGUAUGGUGUACAGACAGACAGACAGGACAAGUCAGCAGUGGGGUACAGUAGUCAGGAGAAAGUCCCCCUCCACCCCUCCCAGACAGACAUGAGUAAAGGAUUCGGGGGAAAGUUUGGUGUGGAUUCUGAAAACAAAGACAAGUCUGCAGGGUCAUAUAAUGAUAUGCAGGGAGUAUCAUCAUCAUACACCAGAACACAGGCAGAUGCAAGUUCUGAGGGAGCUAAAAACAUCAAAGCUCGCUUUGAAAACAUGGCAAAGUCAGGGGAAGAGGAGGCCAAGAAAAGGGCAGAGGAGGAGAGGAAGAGGAGGGAAGCCCGUGAGGAGAGGGAACGAGAAGAGCAGAGGAGGCAGCAGGAGGAGAGAUUAAAUAGAGAGAGAUGGGAGGAGGAGCAGAGAGCAGCAAGUCAACCAGAACCUGAACCAGAACCCGAGCCUGAGCCACAACAGGAGGAAUAUGGAGACGUGUCAUAUCAACAAGUUCACAAAGAGGAAGUGCCUCCUGUUGAGGAACCAGAGGAACUGUACGAGGACACUACUCCUCAAGACGAUUAUGAGGAUGUGCAGGAACCUCCAGCAGCGCCACCUAGUGCGGCAGGGGGACUAACUGCUGUGGCAGUCUACGACUACCAAGCUGCUGAUGAUGAUGAGAUUUCUUUUGACCCAGAUGACAUCAUUACAGAUAUUGAACAGGUGGAUGAGGGAUGGUGGAGGGGUUCAUGUCGUGGUAAGAACGGACUUUUCCCAGCCAACUACGUAGAACUCCAGCAGUAAAUCUUGUGAUAGGGACCUCACCGAUUGCAGUUCAAGUCAGACGUACACAUUACAAUAAUAUCGUCAUGUAAACAAAUACCGUAAAAAUCACAUCAUGUUAACAAUUACCGUAAAAAUCACAUUAUCAUGUAAACAAUUACCGUAAAAUUCACAUUAUCAUGUAAACAUUUAAUGAUAUUUUGAAAAAGUCAUUACAAUGUUCUUAUCAAAAUCAGCGUUGGUUCUUUUCUUUAUAUAAGUUUAAGAUAAUUAUUUACCAUUUUCUAACGAAUUUAAAUAUUUGAUAUAUUGUCUUCCUUUAAUUGUUUCUGAAACUGAUUGUAUGUUUUUUGAGAGUUUUGAAUGCCAGGAGCAUGAAAUACAUGUUAUGAUGUAUAUUCAUUGUGUAACAGAAUUUUAAAAAUUGUUCUAUAUUUACUGAUCAUGGUAAACGUGAUAAUUUGUAUGUAUGAAUAUUUAUUAUUACUGCUGUAUUCACAUUAGCAUUUGUAUCAAUUUUAAGUUGAACAAAAAAGAAAUUGUUAUUAAUUGCAAAGUGUCAGUAAAGUUAACAAACUUUUACACUGAAGAAAGUGAUCAAAAAGCAAAAUCUGAUUCAUUUGUAUCUUUAUAUUUUAUUAAGAAUCCUCGUUAAGGAGAUAUAUUUUUAAUUAUAUGUAGGUAGCGUAGAUUGGGACAAUUUUCAGACACCUCUGUGGAUACUGCAUUCCAAUAUAAUUGUGAUUAUAACCCUUAACAGUGGGGUUUUCUUUGUCUGCUUACAUAUCUAUAUGGAAAAUAUGAUACAUGAAAAGUUUUCUUUUUUUUUUAAAUAAAAUUUUGAAAUAAAAGAAAAUUUACUUUAA